AUGUCAAACUUGGUAUCGAAAAUUGAAAAUCUUUUAUUAAACGAACCUUUAGAUACAGUUUGCGGUGCAAACAUUGUUUAUCUGGCAAUGAAUGGCAACCAUUUGGGUAGAUAUGAAGACAUCAGAACUUUGGCAGAUCAUGUGAACCCUGUGUUGGAACAUGAUGCAGACCUUUACGGCAUUCUCAGGACAAAUUUGGACAAUAUUGACCAAUUGGAGCUCUCGUGGAAGGAUCCAGAAGCAAGUAUGGUAAUCAGUGAUAAAUCGGAGAUACUGAAAGGAUUGAAAGUGAAACAGAAGCGUCAAUUUAUGUGCAGUGAGUUUGUGGAAAACUUCGAUAACACAAAUGUUUCAAGAAAUAUGGGGAAUAUUGUCCAUAAUAAAUCAUGGAAAAAAAACGAAUCAGAGUUAUUGAAGAUAGUAGAACACAUUCUAGACGUGUUUGGAGAGAUCUGGAGUAAUCCAGCAUUUGCAACUACUAUGUCUCGUAACCAACAAAGUGAGGGAACAUAUAUAACAUAUUAUUGUUCCAUUACUUCAGGCAAGUUUGGGAAACCUUCCAAAUGGUUAUGUCUGCUUGAGCAUAGCAGAACAUCAGAGUCUUGCAAGCAAGGCUCGGAGAAACAUAGGAGUCAAUGGAGAGUUGAAACUAAAAAAAGUGACGAUUAUGUGAAGCUUUGGAGAGAAACGUUGGAUGGGGUAAGUUUUGUCGAUGGAACAUGUAGACCGAUGGUCAACCAAUUUGGUGUUGAGGGAAUACAGGUCACUGGUGACAUUAUACAUUUGAAAGUUCUCGUUAAGGAUGCAGGAGGAAUACCCCGUUAUUUUCAUUUAGAUCAUGCAGAAAUACCUUUGUCACCAAGUUCAUUACA